UCUGGCUGUGAGGCGAAGUCGUCAGUGGGGAAAGCGUCUGGACUGAGCCUUAGCCCCGAACACCGACUGCGUCGGCGGUCGGCGGUCGUCUACUCGACGGGCUGCCUCGCAUCUUUGCCUUGUUUUCAAGCACUUGAACAGGUGUUCUUUGCCAUCAGCAUGGAAGACACUUACAUCGACUCCCUGGACCCUGAAAAGUUAUUACAGUGCCCCUAUGAUAAAAAUCACCAGAUCAGGGCCUGCAGGUUUCCUUAUCAUCUUAUCAAGUGCAGAAAGAAUCAUCCUGAUGUCGCAAACAAAUUGGCUACUUGUCCCUUCAAUGCUCGGCACCAGGUUCCCCGGGCUGAAAUCAGUCAUCAUAUCUCAAGCUGUGAUGACAAAAGCUGUAUUGAGCAGGAUGUGGUCAACCAAACCAGGAACCUUGGACAAGAGACUCUGGCUGAGAGCACAUGGCAGUGCCCUCCUUGUGAUGAAGACUGGGAUAAAGAUUUAUGGGAACAAACUAGCACCCCAUUUGUCUGGGGCACAGCCAGUUUCUGUGGCAACAACAGUCCUGCAAACAACAUAGUUAUGGAACAUAAGAGUAACCUGGCUUCAGGCAUGCGAGUUCCCAAGUCUCUGCCCUAUGUUCUGCCAUGGAAAAACAAUGGAAAUGCACAGUAACUGAACAUCUUUCUCAAAUGCCAGACUGUGGAAGACUCUUGCUUAUUCCUGCUACCCAAGGGUUCUUCUUUUUUCUCUUUAUCUAAUUAUAGAACAGUAAACUGUCUGUGACUUUCAAACUG